ACUGGGCCUGUCACGCGGUUCAGGUGUGUACAAUAUCACGCCCUGGAACACGCACAAGAAAGUGGAGGUUUAAUGCGAUAUGGAUACCGAAGGUGGUGGAUGGACGGUCUUUCAAAGACGAUGGGACGGUUCUGUUGCCUUCAAUAGAAGCUUUGUGGAGUACGAGAGGGGGUUUGGCUCAUUGGAUGGUGAAUUUUGGACGGGUCUGGAUCUUUUCCUCUCAAUGACAAGCCGGGCUAACAUGACCUUACGAGUUUACCAAACGGAACUACUGGAUUCGACGAGUACUCGGGUUUUUAUAUUUCUCCACCAGAACAUUACAUGUUUAACGUUGAAAGCAGGAUCAACUCAAGAGAAAGUAUGUUAUUGGUGAUGUUUGCCAUGAGUUGAUACAAUGUGUUGAUAAAAUACGCCUAAAUAAGAUCAUGAUGUGCCCAUUUGCUGAUUUCAUAGAGGCAUACUAUACAUCAGCUUUAUCAUUAAUUUAAGAAAGUACAGAUAAAUGUAUAUACAACAAAAUUAUUUACCAUUGCACAGUAUAUCAGUCUCAGAAGUCACAAGCAGUUUGUAUAGCAUUUGAAUAAAUGCUUCGGUAUUUAAUAACUAUAAUGGACUACCCUUUAAAGGUACAAAGUAAAGAUAGAUGCACCAACAAAAUGUAUAAUUAUAAUGCAUUAUUAUGUUUAUCUCAUUGGACUUAAAUGAUCAAAACAAAUACAAAAUAAACGAUUUUUUCAAUUAUUAUCUACGUGGGCACAUUUAAAAAAAACGCAAAAAUAUCCCAAAUAUUCAUUUAGACUGUUAUUUGGUUUCAUAAAAGUUCACUCACUUAUAUGUAUGAAAAUAGAUAAGAAGUCAGUUAAUAAAUAUGUCAAAUUCUUUAUUUUGUUAAAACUGAAUA